AUUUUCACUAGUGUUGUGAAUAGUUAUUAAUAUUAUCUAUAUAACAUUUAUUUUCAUUGUUAUAAUUGUAACAUUCAAUUAAAAGUCUCUAAUUAAGUUUCACAAUUAAUUUUCUCUUGCCAAAGUGCAAACAUUUAGUGCAUCACAAAAAUGCCCUUGCUAAACGAGAAAACCGUUGCGGACAUAUUGCUGGCCCAACAGCAGACACAACAGGCCAAUGGUGGUCACCUUCAGGAGCUGGACGGGAGUGGGGUUAAGCAAAAAAUGCUAACCAAUACCGACGAUCAUCCCAUUAUGUGUAUGGAUGUGGAAAAGGGUGGCAUUAAAUUCACGACACCCGCCGGUGCCAUAGGGAGUGACAAGAGAUCCCUACCCGACCGCAUACCCGCGUUUGGUCUACUUAUGGCACUCAUUUCGGUCGUGUGUUUCAGCAUUGGAUCCGUUAUAGUGAAGGUGUUGACCGAAAUGCAUACAAUCCAAGUGCUGGUCAUCAGAUGUGUUAUACAAUUCAUAUUCUACACAAUCACCGCGCUCAUCUACCGAUACCCAUUGAUGGCGCCUAAGGGCCAUCGCGUGGACCUAACCCUACGGUGUAUAUCGGGCACCAUAUCGCUGAUCGCCAUAUUCAUGGCCUACCGGCUUAUGCCACUGGCGGACGCCUCUACCAUACACUUUGCGUCUCCCGUAUUUGUCACGAUAUUCGCCUACUUUAUACUUAAAGAGCCGCUAACCGUACUACAGGUGUUGACGGGCACUAUCACACUCACCGGGGUAGUUAUCAUCGCGAAACCCGAGUUUUUAUUCGGCGCCGAGACUGAGUCCGUACACGAGAACCGACUAUUGGGCACAUGUCUGGCCAGUGUGGCCGCCGUCACCGCCAGCCUGUCCAUGAUCACUUUGCGUCGACUCAAAUCCACGCCGGUAGCCGUGGUGAUAAUGUGGUAUUCGGGCACCGUGGUGAUUGCCGGCACCGUAAUCCUGGUCAUUCUGGGCAAACUGACCCUGCCCACGGGUUGGUGGACGUGGACCCUAUUGGCGGGCAUUGGUCUGUGCGGUGUCGGUGACCAGUAUUUCCUGACGGUGGCGUUCAAGUACGAGUCCGCUGGGCCCGUGUCGGUCACCCGUACGUUCAACAUUGUCCUGUCGUUCAUAUGGGAAGUGGUGUUACUCCAGGAGUCGAUUGAGUGGACAAGCAUUUUGGGCGCCUGUCUGGUCAGCUCGUGUGUGGUUAUAUUGGCGAUGGAUAAGUGGCACCAGGAGUCGCCCCAACUGUUCCGCCGGCUCAGGCAUAAGCUGUUUGGUUGCCGGUGUUGUUGUCGGGGUGUUAGAGAUGUUGACGGGAGUGAAGGUAGCGGUGAAGUUGUGACAAAACCAAGAAGUAUAAGUAGGGAUAUGGCCGGCGGCAGCGCCGAUAGCCUGGACUCGAUCGUUGUCCAGUCGACUGUCCACUCGAACGCUAUAUUACUGGGUGGCCACUCAUCCGAUGAAGAUGAUCAUGGUGGUCGUCGCGAAAGGGCCUAGGCGGGCUUGCACAGUGGUUGUGGCUAGGGUGUCCGUUUAUUAAUUACACACCCAGUACAUCUAAUAUAGUCAUUAUUUAUUACAAACCAGUAUUUUGCGCUCGAUUAAUUUUAUGAGCAAUUUUAAACCGAUCGGGGUGGUAUCGUGACAACGAAUGUAACAUGCCUAAUACGUUUUGCACCCCCUGCCCACCGCCU